AUGGGCCAGAAAAAGUACGACGAGGUCCUCAAUCGCUUGGAAGUGUCGCCGCCCAGGGCGGUGCGUGACCCGUCUGCCAUCCUGAAACAAGAUGAAUUAAUCUAUGCUGCGACCUUAGCGCGAACGGCGGCUCCGGAGGAGAUUUGUGGCGCAGGACCGUCUGGACAGUGCGGAGCAGAGGAAAGUUAG